ACUAGCUUUUGAAUUAUAAUUUAUAUAUAUUUUACAGCGCUUAGAGCCGACUUGUAUAGGCGCUAUAUAAAUCAUAUUAUAUUAUUAUUAUUAUAUAUUAUGGAAGUCGAGGCCUUGUUGGCGAUUUAUGAAGACGAGUUGAGAAUAAUACCAGAUGAGAAAGRUGAGAAAACAGUGUCUUUUGAGACUGAAUUGAAGGAUAUCGGUGCUGUAUUAACUAUAAUUGUUUCAGAUGAAUAUCCAAAGUGUGCCCCAAGAAUAAGUGUCCAAAAAUGUGGAAAGAACUUAGUUGAGGUAGAAAAUUUCUUGAAGAUAACGUCAAAGAAUCUUUGUGGAGAAGUAAUGGUUCACAGUCUUAUAGAAGAGGCAAACAAAUGGACAAGAGAGAUGAAGUUGCAGGAGCGAGACCUAAAUAAGGAAGAAACUGCUGCGUCUGUUUGCAAGUUUUUCCUUGAAGGGAGAUGCCGAUUUGGUGACAGAUGCAUUAACAGUCAUCAACUUGCUAGAAAAAAAACAGAUGAAGAAACUCCUGAAUGUGAGAACAAGAACCAGGAGAGACUUGUAAGGGAAAGUGAAAAUAACAAAUUGAGCAAAAAUGUAAUCAACUCAGGCAAUGAUAGGGAGGAAAGACCAACGAAGAAGGCACCAAUGAAAACUGCAACAGAUGUUAUUUCAAGAAUCUUGUGGGACGACAAACUUGACCCUAAGGAUUUUACUAUCGGAUAUCUUGAUAGAUUCAUUGGAAUUAUGGAGAGGGAAUUUACUGACUUCAGCUGGGAAGAUAUUGCCUCUGUGGACUAUGACGUACUCUCCAUUCCCAAACACAGGAUACAGUACUUUAAAUACAAUGGAGAUAUAGUAUGGGACAAACGUGAGAGGAUUGACAAAAUCUUUGGGUCUACAGGGAGUGGUUGUACUAUACUAGAAGUAUUGGAAAAUGGAAAUAAAGGAGAGGAAAGGGAAGAGGGAUCUGAAGAAAGGAAGGAAAAUGAAAAUGAAGAUAAAGAUGAGAAUAUAGCUUGUGAAUCUGUGAUAACUUCAUCUAGUACAAGAAAUGACAGUGGUCCAAACUACUUCAUUGCAUUCAAAGUACAAGAUCCAGGAGUAUUGGAAAACGUAGAAGAGUUACAUAAGGAAUUUUUACUAAGAGAAAAAGGCAUGAGUGAAGGGAUUGUGUCACCGCAGAAUUUAUACGUUACACUUCUAGUGCUGACCAUUCGAAAUGACGACCAACUGAACCUCGUUAAAGACGCCUUAAAAGGUCUCCAUCACGUCCUGCCUUCGAUUCUUCCUCUGUCUAGGAAGCUGAAAUUCAAAGGUAUUGGUUCCUUCAAUGACCGCGUUUUGUACCUAAGAGUUGAGAAGGAACCAAGUUUUGAAAAGUUUGUCGAUAUUUUGAGGCGUCAGCUUCGUAACGUCGGGGCUAAUUUAGACGGGAACAGAGAAACCUUUUCACCACAUAUGACCGUUGUAAGGGCACCAGCUACUUCAAAAAUGUCACGCGCAACAAGUCGAGAAGCAUUUUCAUCCUUCGAGUCUGCAUACAAUGAUGUAGAGUUUGGAAAUCAAGGCAUCAGUGAAAUUGGGUUAUUUUCGCGGUUUGAUCCAAAGGAAUCGGAUGGUUUUCACAAGACAGUUUUGACAAUAAAAAACUCYCUUCUCUCUGUGUUGCCUACACUUGAGAAGAAGAUCGUGAAGUAUGUGGAAGAUUUGUACGAUUCUGAAAAGAUUAGCGUUGAAUUAAAACAGAAGGUGAACGCCUGUGUUGAAUCUAAAGUCCCUAUAGAGAUCGACGAAGUAUUUUCAGCUCUAGAAGCAGCUGUUUCUAAAGAUCCGAGGAAGUUAGUCGUAAUUCUACGCGGAAUUCCUGGAUCGGGGAAAACCUAUCUCGUGGAAAACUGUUCCGAAAAUAACACGCUACCAUAUUUAACCAUCUGUAGUCCGAAGCAGUUGUUUUACAGAGCCGGAAAUUCUAAAAUGAAUCAGUCUGAGCUGAACAUCGCGGAAGCCUACUGCAGGAACGGGUUUCUUGAGGCCUUGAACAGCUCAGCUUCCCUGGUUGUCGUUGAUGAUUGUCAUGCGCAGACAUGGCAGUACGCUUUUUACAUCAAACUGGCCUGCUUGUUUGGAUUUACAGUGCGCGUUCUUGAGAUUCAUGUCAGUGAUCGUGAUGGUAUCUUGGAAUGUCUCAAGCAUGGAGGAUCUGAAUCAAGUAUGAAUGAAGUGCUGGAGAUGGUUCGUUACUGGGAAGAGGAUCCCAGAUCACUGCUUAUAAAGCCUUGGUUUAGAAACCCUAGCUUACAAGAUAGUGUAGCGCUGAGAAAUCUAAUAGAAUCUUCUCAAUAACUAGACUAUUAAAAUUUUUACUUAAGUUUACUUGCAGGGCUUGAACUUAAAGUGCUUAUACCACAAAAUUCAGUAAAAUAUCCUGUAUAAAACAUCAUUGUCUUACUCAGGGUUUAUAGAAAGUUUAUUGCAAAUUUGUUUUCUCAUAAUAAUAAGUGUUUCAAUUUACAAAUCAUGACAAAUUUAAACACAAAUUCCUAUAAUGACACCAACAUUCUUAACAUAUCAAAAGUAUGAACCUCAAUAUCUUCAAGAUGCAUCACUCAAAUCAUAUAAUGAAGAAAUAGAAAACGCGCGCGCGUGCUGUGUGCGGUCAUAAAGCACGCGGGGGUUGGCAGAACACCAGAGAAGUGUUAGGAGAAGCACGACGAGUAGUAAGAAAACGAGAUUUCUUUGCAAACUUAUUAUUGGUGUUGGGCGCAAAGAGCGAGGCGCUAAAGUCUAUGCGACUCCAAAAUCUAUUUAAUAGCAUGCUCAAGUAAUGUAGAUAUUUCGAUUAUCUAGUGUAAUUUUUCACCUAAUAAUUAAGUAUWUAGAUUUUUACUUGACAGGACAAUGUCGAUGUAAGGGUGCAAAUAAAAGGCUUUUAAGUUAACCAUUGCAGGUGCGUGCACAGCCAACUUGCCACCUUUUAAGGUACCAUUUUUGAUCACUUUUUCUUAUUAUCUAAUAAAUGAUUAAAUUUAAAUCACCGAAA